CAGGAGUCCAGACGGAUGGACAAGGAUGGGAGCAGUGUGUGUCCAUCCAACUGGUACCAUCGUAUAGAAAAGACCUAACACAAUUAUGGGAUAAAGAACUGAACCUCUUUUCAUCACUCCCUGCAUGGACCCCAGAACGUGUCCGGCUGCCAGAAUGAAGCGGAAGGUGCUGGAGAGCAGAGCGAGCAGUUAGACGCUCCAGAUGCUGGUCUUCAAUGGAUAAGAGCGUGAUCAAAUUCAGUCACUGUGAAAAAGAUAUUUUUUGCUUCUUUGUGCCAGAGGAAUGCCCAGAGUGUGGCACAAGCUUUAGUGGGAGAAGGCUAGAGGAGGCACCCAUCAGCAUCCCGAACCCCUUCACCAACGGCCACAAAACACCCUGUGCUUUCCUCAUCGCUCCAGCUGAGGACAACACACUCAGAGAAUAUGAUGGUGGAUCAGACCUGCAUACUGGAAUUACUGACACAAACGGUGUUGUGUAUAAUUACACUAAGUCUGGUGUGCGGAGAGACCGUGAAGGCUGGGAACACUGCAUCAGCAUCAUGUUAGUCCAGCCUGACAUGUACAAUCUCAUCAAUCAGUGGGAUCAGUAUCUAGAGAAAUUCUCCUCAGCCCAGAUGUGGGAUCCACUAUGGCAAAGCUUUAAUGAGGAGAACCACAACUGCUACAGCUACACGCUGAUGUUUAUAAACUGCGUGCUGGCCAUGCAAUCCAAACGAGCGCUCAGCAAAGAUGAGUUCACGCAGACUUUCAUUCUGCCACGUGUCAAAAGGGCAUCCAAGUACACCAUGUUGUGUCAGAAGAUCUCCCAGAACCAUUUCUUUAUUUUGGACAGUCCAAAGAGAAACUCGCAGGAAGGACAGAAUGACGAAGACAAAGAUGGGAAGUCUUAAUUCGAGUUUGUCCAUGCUGAUUCAAAUCUUUUGUUUGUGUCUCAAUGACAGAAAAAUUAUAUUGAAUCUUUUAACUAAUAAUAUAAACAUGUUAAAUGAUUCAUGUCAGAAGCCUUCUCAUGGUUCUUGUAUUAAAACAGUCAUGACUUUCUAUGUAUAUUCUUGUCUGAAAUUCUACAUAUAAAACGUACCGGAGGACUCACUAUACAAUCACUCAGGCAACACAAGCCGAUACCUUUGGCUUUUAUUGAUGUGUCUGUAAAGAAAUAGAGUCGAUUGUGUAAAAUUUUACAUAUUCAAUUUGAAUUCUAAUAUCGUAAUAAAACAAUGCCCUUGUCUAUAGUC